GAGCAGCAGCAGCAGCAGCAAGAGCAGCAGGAGCAGCAAAGAGAAGCAGAGGCAGCUUUGGAGGCGCUGCAGCGAGAAGGAGAAAGAGAAGAAUCCUCAUCCUCAGCCGGGGUGGAGCGAGCGAGGAGUGCCAGAAAGAGAGAGAGAAGGACGGACGGAAAAAGGGAGAGCCGAGCCGAGGAGUGAGCCAGCUGCUCAGUGGCGAGGGUGUUUCUUCCCCACCCGCCACGCGAAAGGAUUUGGCCAGGAUUGCCACUCGGAAGGGGAAAAGAGACAGCCCAUUCCCCGCACCACUAUGGCGGGGCUCCAUUGAAAACAGGCGGAGGAAGAAGCAGAGGCAAAGGAGGAGGAGGCAGGUCUCUCUCUCUCUCUCUCUCUCGGUGCCUUCCUUCGCUCUCCGCCCCAUCGCUGCGCUGCGUGGACUUGCUUGUGGGAAGAGAGAGGGAGAGAAGGGACUCUGGGCGUCCGGGAGGGCUGGGACCGGAGGGGCCUUUGGCUCUGAAUCGGAGGGAGGAAGAGGAGAGGUCGGGUCCCUCUGCCUCGCCUUCCUCCUCCUCCUCCUCCUGCCGCUGCGGCGCCUUCACCGAGGCGUGUGUUGCGAACAAAGAGAAGGAAGGCAGAGGAGAAAAGAGGAGGAAGGGAGCAGGAGCCAAGCGGAGCCUCUGGACCGGCGACGAUGGCGGACCGCAGCCUGGAGGGCCUCUCCUUGCCGCUGGAGGUGCGAGCCCGGCUGGCCGAGCUGGAGCUGGAGCUCUCGGAAGGUGACAUCACACAGAAGGGCUAUGAAAAGAAGAGAUCAAAAUUAAUUGGGGCCUACUUGCCACAACCUCCAGCGGCGAAUGGAGCUGCCGCGGUACGGUGUAGACUGCAGCACAGUGAAGGGGCCGCGAGGAGGACGCUCCGCACUAGCAACAUUGGGGUCUGUGACAUCCGGGAAGCAGCAGCUAGAGAGCGCUCAGCACCGCACAGCACAGCCGCAAACCGGCCUCUCUUUUACUUUCGUUUUGGAGUGGAUCAAGCUCUGCCACAAGAACGCCGAACCCCCGUAACGCCUUCGUCCUCCUCUCGCUACCACCGACGCAGGUCCUCAGGGUCACGUGAUGAGCGCUAUCGGUCAGAUGUUCACACAGAAGCAGUCCAGGCAGCUCUUGCAAAACAUAAAGAAAGGAAGAUGGCGGUCCCUAUGCCGUCCAAGAGACGUUCAUUGGUGGUGCAGACAUCAAUGGAUGCCUACACACCUCCAGAUACCUCGUCUGGUUCAGAAGAUGAAGGCUCUAUACAGGGCGAUUCACAGGGAACUCCAACCUCAAGCCAAGGGAGUAUAAAUAUGGAACACUGGAUCAGUCAAGCAAUCCAUGGCUCUACAACAUCUACAACGUCUUCAUCUUCAACACAAAGUGGUGGCAGUGGCGCUGCGCAUAGGCUAGCUGAUGUAAUGGCACAAACACAUAUAGAAAACCAUUCCGCACCUCCAGAUGUUACCACUUACACCUCGGAACAUUCAAUACAAGUAGAAAGACCACAAGGUUCAACGUCAAGGGCGGCACCAAAAUAUGGAAAUGCUGAACUUAUGGAAACUGGCGAUGGAGUUCCAGUAAGUAGCAGAGUGUCAGCAAAAAUUCAGCAACUGGUCAACACCUUAAAACGACCCAAACGACCACCGUUACGAGAGUUUUUUGUAGAUGACUUUGAAGAAUUGUUAGAAGUUCAACAGCCAGACCCAAACCAACCAAAGCCAGAGGGAGCUCAGAUGCUGGCGAUGCGCGGGGAACAACUGGGCGUGGUUACGAAUUGGCCUCCAUCUCUUGAAGCAGCUUUGCAACGAUGGGGCACCAUUUCCCCAAAAGCUCCUUGCCUAACCACUAUGGAUACCAAUGGAAAACCACUAUAUAUUCUCACUUACGGCAAACUUUGGACUCGCAGUAUGAAGGUUGCUUACAAUAUACUGCAUAAAUUGGGCACAAAGCAAGAACCCAUGGUGCGACCAGGAGACAGGGUAGCGCUAGUAUUCCCCAACAAUGACCCUGCUGCUUUUAUGGUAGCAUUUUAUGGCUGCUUACUUGCAGAAGUUGUCCCUGUUCCUAUUGAAGUGCCACUUACCAGAAAGGGGACUCCUCCUUCUGUCUGGAUUUUCAUAGAAGCCAAACCAAAUGAGAGCUCAUUUCUGAAGACUUUUCUUGCAAAAGAUGCAGGAAGCCAACAGAUAGGCUUCUUGCUUGGCAGCUGUGGUGUUACUGUGGCCUUGACUAGUGACGCGUGCCAUAAAGGACUGCCUAAGAGCCCCACGGGGGAAAUACCACAGUUUAAAGGCUGGCCGAAAUUGCUGUGGUUUGUCACAGAGUCAAAACAUCUUUCAAAACCUCCUCGAGAUUGGUUUCCACAUAUCAAAGAUGCAAACAACGACACAGCUUACAUUGAGUACAAAACAUGCAAAGAUGGAAGUGUUCUUGGGGUUACUGUGACAAGAAUUGCACUGCUGACCCACUGUCAAGCUCUUACACAAGCCUGUGGAUAUACAGAAGCUGAAACAAUUGUGAACGUAUUAGAUUUCAAGAAGGAUGUUGGCUUGUGGCAUGGGAUUCUUACAAGUGUUAUGAACAUGAUGCAUGUCAUAAGCAUCCCAUAUUCGUUAAUGAAAGUGAACCCACUUUCAUGGAUACAGAAAGUUUGCCAGUACAAAGCAAAAGUUGCCUGUGUAAAAUCCAGGGAUAUGCACUGGGCAUUAGUAGCACAUAGAGAUCAACGAGAUAUCAACCUUUCCUCGCUCCGUAUGCUAAUAGUAGCUGAUGGCGCCAAUCCAUGGUCUAUUUCUAGUUGCGAUGCGUUUCUUAAUGUCUUCCAAAGCAAAGGCCUAAGACAAGAAGUCAUCUGUCCUUGUGCUAGUUCACCAGAAGCUCUCACAGUGGCUAUUAGAAGGCCAACAGAUGACAGCAACCAACCACCGGGCCGAGGGGUCCUGUCCAUGCAUGGCCUUACCUAUGGCGUCAUUAGAGUGGAUUCGGAAGAAAAGCUUUCUGUGCUAACAGUGCAAGAUGUUGGUUUGGUGAUGCCAGGAGCCAUCAUGUGUGCAGUGAAACCAGAUGGAGUGCCUCAGCUCUGUCGAACAGAUGAAGUAGGUGAACUCUGUGUAUGUGCAAUUGCUACUGGUACGUCAUACUAUGGGCUCUCUGGAAUGACCAAAAACACAUUUGAGGUGUUCCCUAUGACCAGUUCAGGCGCACCAAUAAGUGAAUACCCUUUUAUAAGAACUGGACUGCUUGGUUUUAUUGGCCCAGGUGGACUUGUAUUUGUCGUUGGCAAAAUGGACGGCCUUAUGGUUGUUAGUGGACGAAGGCACAAUGCGGAUGACAUCGUAGCCACAGCACUGGCAGUGGAACCAAUGAAAUUUGUCUAUCGGGGAAGAAUAGCCGUGUUUUCCGUGAGUGUCCUUCAUGAUGAGAGGAUAGUUAUUGUUGCUGAACAAAGGCCAGACUCUACAGAGGAAGAUAGCUUUCAGUGGAUGAGCAGAGUUCUACAGGCUAUAGACAGUAUCCAUCAAGUGGGUGUUUAUUGUUUAGCCCUGGUCCCAGCAAACACGCUCCCAAAGACUCCUCUUGGUGGAAUCCACUUAUCAGAAACUAAACAGCUUUUCCUGGAAGGAGCAUUACAUCCUUGUAAUGUGUUGAUGUGUCCACACACCUGUGUAACAAAUCUGCCUAAACCAAGACAAAAACAGCCAGAAAUUGGCCCUGCCUCUGUGAUGGUGGGGAAUCUGGUCUCUGGAAAAAGAAUUGCUCAGGCAAGUGGCAGAGAUUUGGGACAAAUAGAAGAUAACGAUCAAGCCAGAAAGUUCCUGUUUCUCUCUGAAGUCUUACAAUGGAGGGCGCAAACAACUCCUGAUCAUGUGCUUUACACAUUACUAAAUUGUAGGGGAACAAUAGCAAAUUCUCUAACGUGUGUUCAGCUACAUAAACGAGCUGAAAAGAUAGCAGUUAUGUUGAUGGAACGGGGACAUUUACAAGACGGCGAUCACGUUGCUUUAGUCUACCCACCAGGGAUAGAUUUGAUUGCUGCGUUUUACGGGUGCUUAUACGCAGGCUGCGUGCCGAUCACGGUUCGUCCUCCACAUCCGCAGAACAUUGCGACAACGUUGCCCACAGUGAAGAUGAUUGUGGAGGUGAGUCGAUCUGCCUGUUUAAUGACAACGCAAUUAAUAUGUAAAUUGUUACGAUCGCGAGAAGCGGCAGCAGCUGUGGAUGUCAGAACGUGGCCUCCUAUAUUAGACACAGAUGAUUUGCCAAAGAAGCGGCCUCCUCAGAUCUACAAACCGUCUAACCCUGACAUGCUGGCUUAUCUCGAUUUCAGUGUAUCCACAACUGGAAUGCUAGCAGGGGUGAAGAUGUCUCAUUCCGCCACUAGUGCCUUCUGUCGUUCUAUUAAGCUGCAGUGUGAGCUUUAUCCUUCUAGAGAAGUUGCUAUCUGUUUGGACCCUUACUGUGGACUUGGGUUUGUCCUUUGGUGCCUCUGUAGCGUUUAUUCGGGACACCAGUCUAUUUUGAUUCCCCCCUCAGAACUGGAGACCACGCCUGCCCUCUGGCUCUUGGCUGUGAGUCAGUACAAAGUGAGAGACACUUUUUGCUCUUACUCUGUGAUGGAGCUUUGCACCAAGGGCCUCGGUUCCCAAACAGAAUCGUUGAAGGCAAGGGGACUGGACCUCUCCAGAGUGCGGACAUGUGUGGUUGUGGCAGAAGAACGGCCCCGGAUAGCUCUGACACAGUCUUUUUCAAAGCUUUUUAAAGAUCUAGGCCUACACCCCAGGGCUGUCAGCACAUCAUUUGGCUGCAGAGUUAACCUGGCGAUAUGUUUGCAGCCACACAGGCUGGGAAAACUGGCCGAGCAGGGGACAUCUGGGCCCGAUCCAACCACAGUGUAUGUUGACAUGAGGGCCCUCAGACACGACAGGGUGCGUUUAGUAGAAAGAGGAUCACCACAUAGUUUGCCCCUCAUGGAAUCAGGAAAGAUCCUCCCUGGCGUUCGUAUCAUUAUUGCCAAUCCAGAAACAAAGGGACCCCUGGGAGAUUCUCAUCUCGGAGAGAUAUGGGUUCAUAGUGCUCAUAAUGCAAGUGGCUACUUCACUAUCUAUGGAGAUGAGUCCUUACAGUCAGAUCAUUUUAACUCAAGACUUAGUUUUGGAGACACACAAACCAUCUGGGCACGGACUGGCUACUUGGGAUUCCUCAGAAGAACAGAACUUACAGAUGCAAAUGGGGAGCGGCAUGAUGCACUUUAUGUAGUAGGUGCACUAGAUGAAGCCAUGGAAUUGCGAGGAAUGAGGUAUCACCCUAUAGAUAUUGAGACAUCUGUAAUUAGAGCACAUAAAAGCAUUACAGAAUGUGCGGUGUUCACCUGGACAAAUUUGUUGGUUGUUGUUGUGGAGCUGGAUGGAUCAGAACAAGAAGCCUUAGACCUGGUUCCUCUAGUCACCAACGUGGUCCUGGAGGAACAUUACCUGAUUGUAGGGGUGGUGGUGGUGGUGGACGUUGGUGUAAUCCCUAUCAACUCCCGUGGAGAGAAACAACGUAUGCACCUACGAGAUGGAUUUUUGGCAGACCAACUAGAUCCCAUCUAUGUGGCCUACAACAUGUAGUCUUGUAUCUUUCAGGCUUCUAUGGACAUUACUUUAGAUGUAUAAAACAUUUUUUGACAUACACUAAACAGUGUGCUGAUAAGAAAGGGACGCUCUUCAGAUUGGAACUGUGUUUCUAUUGGGACUCACUGAAGCGCUCAUUAUUAGCAGGACAAAAAAAUGUGAAAUGUGUUUCUUUUACCACUACAUUUUAGCACAGAAGGACUUUGGGGUACUGCCUUCAGUUUGUUGGAAAGCCCAUUAUUAGACUUUUUAAAAAAGAUUAUUUUUUGCUUAUUGGGAUGAUACUGCUUUCUAAGUAAUAUGGCUUUGUAUUUUAUGUUAAACUGAAGUAGCUUUUUUUUAAUCUGCCCUCCAAGUGGAUAUUUUUGAACCGCUCAUAAUAUGAUUGAAUUGUUUCGGUUUGCUUGUUUUUAAAUGUCCAUAAAAAUCUUUUCCAAUAUGGAUCCAUUACUAAUUUUAAGCCAUUUUCUAUUCCAUUGUCUUAGGAAAUGACAUUGAGGUACGAGGAAAAUACCCAAAACAGCACCUUCUUAAAUUAGAGUUUUUAACAGCUUUCUCUCCUGGAAAUGCUGAAAAUUCAAAGGUGGAAAGAGCCUUUGGUUAUUAGUGUUAGAAUGAACAGAAAUUUAUAAAUAAGGUGUAUUUCGGCAAUGAACUUGCAGAUAUCUUUGUACUAAACUAAAAAGAUAAAAUAAGUUAACUACGUCUGUAAUUAUGUACAAAAUCUUUAAUUUAUUUUGAUCUCUUUAGAAGUAUAAAAGAGAAACAUUCAAGAAUAUUAAGCUCUUGUAAUGUUUGCUAAUAUAAAAAAACAAAAGGGGUUGUAUUAUCUUGAGUGGAUAGUAUCACAUCAAAUAUAUAUAUAUGAAAUAUAAAUUCACUAAUGACAAAAAGAAAAAAGAUUUUAAAGUUUUAAAAAAAGGAUGCAGUACUCAUCACUUGCAUGGUGUCUCUUUUCCCACUGUAGAUAAGCAAACAUUAUUCACAGGUUUUGAGAGAGAGAGGAAAAAAGCAGUCCUGGAUUCCUAAGUAUCCCUGUCUAAAAAAGAAUCUUCCAAAUAUCAGCAAGUGACACCAUUAUUCUGCCUGCAAGGCCGUGAGUGAGUUUGUAAGGUCGCAGUCCUGCCUCCUUGCCUGUGCAGAGUACCGGAGGUGAAGUGGUUCCUGUAGAGUGCCAAGACCACGGUCUCCUUUACCACCAGCUGCCAUCAGGUCCAGGUGCUUUUCCAAGCUUGCUUUUUUCAGCAAGGCAACUGGGUUUUCCCCACAGACCUCUCAUACUUACGCCUUGACAGCCCAGUCACUGUUCUUCAUUUGUUUGUGGUUCUGCUCUUUCUGCUGUCUGCCUCUACUCUAGAACACUGCUUCUUAAACUGUCCCCAAAUCGGGUCCCUUUAGCUCUAUGUUGGGGUUCAAAUAAAGUUGGCAACAGUAAAAGGUUUCUGGCCAUCACCUAGUGAUUGUUUUAUGAGAUUAUCACUCUCACUGUUAAAGAGUUGCUAUCCCACUUUAAAUUCUACGGUUGCCUCCUGUAGAAUUUUGGGAUUUGUAAUUUAGAGUGGGGCCUUUAAAUCCUGUGGUUGCCUCCUUGUAGAGUUCUGGUGUUUGUAGUUUAAUGAGGCCGAGGACUUCUCUGGAGGAGAAUUUUAAAGUGGGAUAGCAACUCUUUAAAGUGUAGUAUGAUAAUCUCCCUAGACAUUACCCGAAUCUGUUGGCAACAACUUGCAGGGUUUACAGUGAACUUUGGAGAAAAUGCUUCAGCUCUACUUAAUAAAAAAAAAGGAAAAUCAGCCUGUUUAGCAAGCAUUGCAAUUGCUGAUUUAUUAUAAGUAAAUGUUUGAUUUGGAUAUCUAUUUUAUAUAUUUAUAUACCCGAGGUUGUGUAAACAUUUCUUGGUUGUAAAGGGGUCAUAAGUGGAAAAAGUUUAAGAAGCCCUGCUCUAGAAGCUGAGAUAGCAGCAGAAAGAGUAAUGAGUGGACGGCACGAGAAGGACCCUUUUCUGCUGCAGUGGGAACAGCUUGGGCCAGUUUGCUUGGAAGAGCAACUGCACGGCCUGGUAUGGACACCACUGGUGGGGGUCUGGCACAUAAGGCCCUAUGGGAGUCAUUCCACGUCCUGCUUUCUAUGCACCCAACAAUGUAGGAUUUGCUUUGCGGCCAAAGACUUUUAACAGUGCACUAAGAAGGAUUCUUUUUUUAAUUAUUAUUGUGAAGAUGACAGUAAAUAUCUGUGCUGGCAUGUAUGUUCAUACACUUCUUAGACGUUAGAAAAGACAGGUUUUGAAGAAUAGCACUGUUUUUCUUAGCUGCAUAAUAUUGUUGCACAAUAUUUGUCAUUUUUUAAGUUGGUGUUUUGUUUUUGUUGUUAUUUUUAUUUCUUGUGGUAAGGACAUUUUGUUUGCUUGUUUCGGUGGUCAUUUUGCACAAGAAUUUUCAUUUUUUAAAGAAAUCGAUUUGCCUCUCCGCUGGCUCCCACUGUGUUUAGUUUGGGCAAGGGGCCGUAGGGGCACGUCACACUUUGUAGAAAGUUGUUGCUCUUGAAUAAGUCUCUCUUAUAGCACAUUUGUUAUUGGAGAGUAGCCUAAAAGCCGCUCUAAAUUAUUUGGCCCCCAUUGGGUGCAACUGCUAACACGUCCUUAAUGCCAAACAGGGGAACUGAUGUUGAUGAUGCGAGUAAUCCCAUCCCUCAGUUCCAAAAGGAAUCUGCCGACAGAAGAACAGAAAAAAAAAUGCAUGGAUCACAGCUGCCUUUUGUAUGUGUGUAUGUGUUUUCAAUUUUAUUCUCUCUAGUUGAACUGAAUCUUCAGUGACUAGUUCCUUUGUUGUCUUCCUUUUUUUUAAUGCUUAUUUUUGGGUUGUCCCAAUGUUAACCUGGUUGACCUGUGUCUGAUCCCAAGGUGAAAUUUAAACAGCAGUCCAAGAAUGAUUUAUUUUAAUAGUUGAAACGUUAACUUGCUGGUGUUUGUUACAGAUAUGCAUGACUAAGACAGUUGCAGGACUAAAGCGACACGAUCUUUGUAUAACACAUAUAAGGGAAAUAUUUUUGGCUACUACUGGAAACUUCAGAGGCCCAAAUUUCUUUUUGUUUUUGUUAUUUUCAAGAAGGGAUGAUGGGUGGGCUUUCUUAAAGGUAAGGGAUGGUUUUUAGUCUGCAUGUGGAAGACAGAGCAUCUCAACACAGCAAACUCCUUUGGGAUUAUUAUUAUUUUUAACAUUUUCUAUCGCCUCUUUCCCAGAUUUCUUUUGCCCUGUGAAUAUUUCAACUUGUGCUCAAAAGACCAAUCCUGAAGCAUUCUGUCUUGAGUUUUUUUUCCCUGCUGGUUUUUGUUUGUAUGUAUGUUUGUUCCCUACGACAAAACUUCUUUUUCCCCCCCUUUAAAAUGUCAAGUUGCUCUUAAGGUUUAGACAAGCCAUUGAUUGACUAUGAGCAUAAUUACAGUGUAUGAACUAACUUGUGAUGUCCUUGCUAUUGCUGAUCUCAGUGCUGCAAAACACAAAUUUAGCUGUCAUUUUGUUAAAGCAUCACUUUUAACCUUCACCAAGUCAACUUUCCACUCCUGAGGGAGGCGACAAAGGACUGCAGUGCAGUCGUAUGACGUGGUUAUUAACGGAUUUCGUCUGCAACCUGCUAUCUUGGGUUGCGCAAAAUUCCCGAAACUUGGGAUGAUAAACGAUGAUUUUAAGAAACCCGAAUUCCAAGUUUUGUUGUGCAAGUAGAGAGGAAAGAAACACACAUAUACCAUCAGAUUCAGCAAUAAAGAAGGAUUGUUCUGUAUUAGAAACUGUACUGUAGAUAAACCAUUCAUGAGAAUGUAUAAAAAAAUGUUUGUCUUGUGACCUUGUGCUUUUGAAGUCAGACAAAACCAUGUAAUCAACCUGAUGCACAUGCACACCUAAAAAGAAAGAAAGAAAAGAAAGAAAGAAAAAGAAGGAGGAUACACAAUGAACAUUUAAACACAAAACUAAUCAAACAGGAGCAGAUUCCUCAUGGUGCUUGUUUAUUAUAUAUAUUUAAUCCUGCUUGACACUUUACCCAAGGGAAAACGGUCCCUUUUAUCAGUUGAAUGUUAGCAGCGUUAUUUCAUAGAGUGUGGUGACUGGUUAGAGAAAUUCAUGUAACUCAGCCAAUCACAGUUUCAAAUGAAAAUUUUUAUGUGCAAACAAAACAGCAACCUUCUUGUAUGUUAAACCACCAGUACGCUUUGUACAUCUGUGAUAACGCCUGUUUUAUAUUCAAAUGAACAAAUAAAAGCUUUUAUUUUUGUUGCUCUGAAAA